GUAGCUCAACUAUGAGGGUCUUGAUAGCAGGCGGCGUACAGACACUCACUGGCAGUUUAUUGAAUGAAUUACUCACGCUGGACUCUAUUGAGUCUAUCAAAAUAAUAGACAAGUUCGCUAUAAACGAAAAAGUGACGACAACGUUCAUAGACGACCAUUUUAAGGAGUUGUUAGCGCAUCAGAAAGUAGAUUACCAGCAAGCUAAUCUACUCAACAAAGGCUUGAUUGACGAUUUAUUCCAGACAUACAAACCAACGACUGUAUAUGAUAUGACAGGUGACAUUAGGUUUGAUAUAAACGAAUUACAGCAUAUACAAUCCACUUUGAUAUCCUACCAGUUGGGUACAAUAGCCAGCAACCACAAUUUACGCUCAUACGUCAAACUCACAUAUCCGUUCUAUAACUUUAACAGCAAGCCAUCUUCAGAAUCCAUUGAAUUAACCCCGCAAGGUGAGAGAGGUAUUUGGUGGCAUGAGUCCAUACGCUCUUUGUCAUCGAUCAGUAAUCUACCACUCGUGGUUCUCAGAAUUGGUGCUUGGUAUGGACCUUUCCAGUUGAAUGGCAAAAUUACUCCUAGAAUUAUCUGCGCUGAUAUCUACAGACAUCUAAAAGAAGACAUCAAGUUUUUGUGGAACGCAGAUCUCAGAUUGAACACAAUACAUUCUCAGGAUGUAGCAAGAGCACUUAUUGCGCUCUCAAAUUGGCGUGCAGCUACUCCAGAUGUCGAUCCUCAGUCUAAUACUUUCAAGUCAUACGCUCCGGACGAGAAAUUAAAACAGUUUGACUUGCCUCAGUCGGGGACGAUCGCGCGAGCACCAUUGUUCAACCUCGUUGAUGAAUCUGAUGCUACUCAGAGCUCAGUUGCUGACCAAAUUGCGAAAGUUUUCAAAGUUAAAACAUCAUUCUUGGGUGGUUUGAUCUCAACAUUUGCUAGAAUGGAUAUGGAAGAGAUGGUCCAGGACGUCAACGAAAUGCAUUUAGACGCUUGGUCUGACAUGCUGAAGAAGUCUGACAUUAAAGACACACCUUUGACACCAUACCUAGAUGAGCACUUUUUCAAGAAGAAUCCAAUUGCUUUGGAUGCUUCUAAAAUAUCGAAAACGAUUGGCUUCAAGUGUCUUCACAAGAAGAUCACAGUAGAAGACAUCGAAGGGAUCGUGAAGGGAUUUCGCGAUCAAGGAAUUUGGCCUAAGCCAGUUUAAGAAAGUUGCAUUGAAUAUAUCUAAAUCGUUCUCUUAUUCCCACUUUUUCUUGGAAACAUAUCAUUUUCUUGCU